AUGUCAUUCUCAAACCAUCAUAACGAGGAAAUCAACCAGGCCGAAGAGGAGGCAGAGGCCGAGGAGCAAGAGAUCGAUUACGAAGGAACGCUCGAUGUGACCAUCCAUCAAAUGAAUUGCUUAUUGGACGAAGUCACGGGCUUUAGUGUUCGCAGAAACGGUGAUGGCGACGUUAUUCCUGGCUCAAUGAGUACUUUCGAGGCCGACCAGGAAUCAAUUGAAAGAGCCGUUGAAGCAGCCGCUAAUGCCACUGGAGCCCACAGAAGACGCCGUCGCUUGACUCCUGUUAGGCCUCCACGUUCACCCCGGGAAAUCCAUACUUGGGAUGAACUGGUGCAAAUGCUUCCGAUUUCUCACAUCGAGAGAGAGCGCCAAGCUGCGGAAAUCCCUUCGGCACGGGAACUAGAUAACGAACUAGACCCGUCAACCAGUCCAAGUGCUUGGGAACCGUACAUCGAGUAUUUUCUCUGGGCAUGCCGUGGGAAUGUACCAUUAAUCGCCGAUCACCUGCAGGCCAUCUUUGGCUUCAAUCCUCCUAUUGACGAAACCGAUGUUGCGGCAAGGCUUGACGGUGUUAACGCGUACAAACAGAUUACCUUUCUGCGCAAGUAUCUCCCUGGCGAGACCCACUCCUUGCAGCGAGCAGAGGCCCGGGGUGUAAUCUAUGAAGCCGAUAUAGCACACCCUGAUGUCCGCAUGGGAUCCCAGAUACUAGACCUGAGGCAGUUAGACUCGGGACAUCCGGAAUAUGUUCAGCCCAUCCUGCCUUGCUGGGCGCCACGCAGUUGGAAUAGGAAAGACGAUGCUUUUGCCGCCUUGUAUUUGGGCGAGCAUCCGGCUGUGUUUCAACGCGAAUACAGCUGGACGCUCUCGGACAUUCCCAGUAUCGAAUUCAUUAGCAUUAGAAUGGCUCAGAUCCCGCACUUGAAUCUCAGUUGGGCGGAGUUGGAGGCAGCGAAAGAGCGACGGGACUUUUAUGCCACAACAUUCCCAGAAAACUUUCCAAACGAGAACACCCGGCCUGCGAUUCCAGCUGAAUGGAACUUCUUCUGA